UCGGAGGCGGCUGCAAUCUCAGCCCUUCAUUGGACACAUCCCUCGCUUUCUCGCGCGUUUUCCUUCCUCUUUCCUCGUAGCUGACACGAAGCUCCUGAACUCACUCGACUCACAAAUUCUGACUCAAAUGCCAAAAUGAUUACUGAUUUGUCUCCCUAUAUAUAAAAUACCUUAGACUUCUCUGAAUUCCUCCAAGAGAAUGCAAGAACAAAGGAGUCAAAAGAAAACCACGGAACAGUAAAAGGUUACGAAAUGGCUGACGUCCCUCAGGGAAACACCGGUGGUCAGUCCGGAGAUUUUCCGGCGUUUCAUACUCACGGCGGUCUAUUUAUUCAGUAUAAUAUUUUUGGAAAUCUGUUUGAGAUAACGUCUAAGUAUCGGCCUCCGAUCAUGCCGUUAGGCCGUGGAGCCUACGGCAUCGUUUGCUCGGCUUUGAAUUCGGAGACGAAUGAGAUGGUGGCGAUAAAGAAAAUUGCCAACGCUUUUGAUAAUCACAUGGACGCUAAGCGUACGCUUCGUGAGAUCAAGCUGCUUCGACAUUUUGAUCACGAAAAUGUUACUGGAAUUAGAGAUGUGAUUCCUCCGCCUUCGCGGAGAGAAUUUACUGAUGUCUACGUUGCUACAGAGCUCAUGGAUACGGAUCUUCACCAGAUCAUUCGCUCCAAUCAGAGUUUAUCUGAGGAGCAUUGUCAGUAUUUUUUAUAUCAGAUUCUUCGCGGACUGAAGUACAUACAUUCUGCGAAUGUGAUUCAUAGGGAUUUGAAACCCAGCAACCUCUUGCUGAAUGCUAAUUGUGAUCUUAAGAUUUGUGACUUUGGUCUUGCACGACCUACUGCUGAGAAUGAGUUUAUGACUGAAUAUGUUGUCACAAGAUGGUAUAGGGCACCAGAGCUAUUGCUGAACUCUUCAGACUACACAGCCGCCAUAGAUGUGUGGUCCGUUGGUUGCAUUUUUAUGGAGCUCAUGAAUAGAAAGCCUUUGUUUCCUGGAAAAGAUCAUGUACAUCAACUGCGUUUAUUGACUGAGCUGCUUGGCACACCAACUGAAUCUGAUCUUGGGUUUCUCCAAAAUGAGGAUGCAAGAAGAUAUAUCAGGCAGCUCCCUGCACAUCCUCGCCAGCCGCUAGCAAAUGUUUUCCCACAUGUUCAUCCAUUGGCUAUUGAUCUCAUUGACAAAAUGUUGACAUUUGAUCCUACCAGAAGAAUUACUGUUGAAGAAGCAUUGGCCCAUCCUUAUCUUGAAAGAUUACACGACAUAGCUGAUGAACCAGUCUGCCCUGAGCCAUUUUGUUUUGACUUUGAGCAGCGGCCAUUGGGAGAAGAGCAGAUGAAGGACAUGAUUUACGAAGAGGCCUUAGCUCUGAAUCCAUAUUAUGCUUAAUAUAAAAUAUAGUUAUCCUGUUUGGUUCAAUAGAUGCUUCUAUCUUCUAAAUGCACCAGUUCAAGUAAUGUUUGGUGUAAAAGUUUGUCGUGGCUGAUAGAUAGCAACCAGAACAGGCUGGUAGGUUUUGGACUGAGGCAUCCUAUUUUUGCAUCUGCAAUCUCUCUGAAGUGGCUUUGCUGAGUUUGCACCCAUGACUGCCCGUUGAUGUUAGCUUUCAAGAGGUCAGUCCCUUGCAACCUUCGCAAACCACAAGACUUCUUAAAUUUGUGUAUUUCUCCACUUCCAAUAUGCUAUCAUAUGUUAUUUGUUUAUUAUCUUCUGAUUGUAUCACAUGCAAUUUUACUGCUGUAUUUGAUAAAGUGUAACCCAGGCAAAUGAUCUUGUUGUAACAAUAUCAAUGAAAAUUGACUUUAUUUUGUAUAAUUUGUCGAUCAAAUAAAAUAUUGUAUGUAAAAAUUCAUGUUAA